CUUAGUUAUUCUUGCCUACUUCACAGCGGUAAGUCGUAGGUUGAGAACGAGAUGUAAAUAAGCGGAUCUAACGGUCUAGAUAACCGCAGACCUCAUUAUUUACUAGACAACAACAACAUUUAGUCAGAAUGGUUUUGUUUACUUGUCUAACGGUGUUUUUGCUGAGCGCGUUGGUCGAGGGAGCAGAGAAGAAAGAGGGAGAUGACGAGUGGGUUCAUCUGCCUAAUAAAUGUGAAGUGUGUAAGUUCGUCAGUAUUGAGAUGAAGUCUGCCUUCGAGGAGACGGGCAACACCAAGGAAUUGAUCAAGAGGAACUACCGUUUCCUUGACGACAACAAGGGAGCUCCGCCAAUCAAAUAUGUCAAGUCAGAUAUCCGUUUCAUUGAGGUUGUGGAGAAUGUGUGUCAGAGGCUCUCUGGCUACAACCUACACAAGGAGAGGGAGGGCAGCAACCGCUUUGCCAAGGGUAUGUCAGAGACCUUCUCUACCCUCCAUGGUCUGGUCCAUAAGGGGGUAAAGGUCGUCAUGGAUAUCCCCUAUGAACUUUGGAACGAAACCUCCGCAGAGGUCGCUGACCUCAAGAAACAGUGUGAUGUGAUGGUAGAGAAGUAUGAGGAGGUUAUUGAGGACUGGUACAAAGGCAGUCAGGAGGAAGACCUCACCACGUACCUCUGUGAGAAACACGUUCUGAAGGGACAGGACACCGCCUGUCUGAAAGAGGAGUACUCCAAGAAGAAGGGAGACGCGGCAGCCAUCGCUGAGGAGAGGAAGAAGACAAAGAAGAAGGGAGGAGGAAAGACGAAGAGCAAAGACCUAGGAGGAGGAGGAGGAGGAGGAGGAGGGAGUGAGGGUGGCAGGCAGGAAGGAGAGAAGACGAUGAAGAAGAAGAAGAAAGAG